CCAAAAACUAUUUUGAACGGAAUCAAGGUCUCAAUGAACGCCGUCUGUGACGUCAUGUACAUCAUCCACCGUACACACACAGCUCCCUCUGGCGGACAAUAUCGACAUGACAUCCCUUCGACAACUCGCCGCCUUGACCGAACUAACGUUCAAGAGCCAAAGUUUUGUUUGCCUUGAGCGUGCCCAGAACUAGUUCCGCACUUUAAAACGAUUACCCGUGGCGACAUUCAACGACAUAUUACAUCAUAUGUGACCCUAAACAUAAAUAGUGCUGCGAUUUGGCUUGGCGAGCUCCCCAAAGUGCUGACGAGGCUUGCGACCUUGAGAUUUCCGAGAAGUCAAAGGAAAACGGGCGCAACAUUCCUUUAAGGAGGGGGGGGGGGGUGGAAAAAGUGCCUCUUAAAGCCAAGUGAGGAUAAAUUACAAUACUGUACGCGGGAGUGACUUUUACACGCGUGCGCGUGCGCGAGCGCGAGUGUAAUGAUUAACUGGAGGCAUGAAGGUGAUCUUUGGCACGUCUUUGGCACUCUCCAUUCAUUGUCAUUCCUGUUCUUUUUUUCUUUUGGGGUUUUUUUUUCCCUCCAAACUUUCUGGAUGCGCUGCGAUUCGACACGUUGCCCUUCUCCCUUUCGCGUGCACACGAAAUGAAAGCAGCUGAAGUGAAGAAAAGGAAAGAAAAGAAAAGCAAAGCAAAGCAAGUGCGUUGCUCUUCUUCUUCCUGGGCUGACUGAGCAAGCAGUAGCCGGUACCCAAGCGAUGGACCCCAGCACACCAAUCCCCCCCCACCAAGAGGACGACGCCUCCAAGAAGACUUCGGGGUUGCUGGAGACUUUCCGAAAUAACAUCCGACUGGCGGCCGAGAAAAGUCCACUCACGCCGGGGUCCCGGGGGUCCAAGAACCGGUCGCCGUCCACGCCAGACAGAGCGCCACAUUCACCCGGCGUCACGUCGCCGCCGAGGAGCGCGGCGGCGCGCCUCCGGACCAAAGACGGCGACGACGACCACGACCAAUCGCCGAAAAGCAGAGCCGUGAUGCAUUCGAGGACAGAACCCAACCUGGCCCGACUGGAUUCCCUCCUGAAGAAGGGAGCGUCCAUUCGUCGCAGCCUGAGAUUCAGCUCCAAGAAGGGCAAGCGACAGGACGCCUUGCUGGCCGUCCAGGGGGAGGCCAAGGAGGAAGACGAGGAUGAGGAAGGAGAGGAAGACGACGGCGAAGCGGAAGCAUGGGAGGAGAUGGAGGAGGCGUACACGUUGCCCGAAUUGCCGCACGUUCCUCUCUCAGUGAUGCAGAUCAGCAAGCUGAUCGAGAUGGAGGUCCUGGAGGAGGCGCACCUCCACCUGCUGGCUCUGCGGGCGGAGUUCCAGCGGGAGCGUCUCGGCCUGGACCGGGAGGACUCCACGGUGGAGCUGGCCAAGAAGGAGAAGGACCUGAGCCUCCUCUACGCCGACCUGCGGCUGAAGAUCGCCGGCAUCGUGCGCACCUCCGUCUCGCUGCCCGCCAGGAACAAGGGCCUCCUGGUCCACGUGGCCCGCAUCGUCCAGGAGGAGGACAAGCGGGCCCGGGAAGCCGGCGGUCUCCACGGGAGCUGGAUGGACGCCUGGAGGGAGGCGGUGGAGCAGGGCGCCCGGGAAAAGGUGGACGCCGUCCAUCUGGAGCCGACGAACCAAAGUAACGCCUCGUGGCUGGCGGUCCACCUGGGUCUUCUGGGCAAGGCAGUGGUGGAGGAUCUGGAGAAGGUGAAGCGCGAGCUGCGCCGGUCGUACCCGCCCAGCUUCCGGGUGUUCGCCACCUACGUGCGCAGCUACCACGCCGCCGUCGGCCGGCACCUGCGCGUGCUGGAGGGCCGCGCCGCCCAGCUCAAGGACCUCUACGCCCUGCUGGACUGGAUGGUGCACCGUUACCGCAGCGAGCGUCUGAUGGCGAGCCCCGCCCUGGAGCCCGACAUGAGCCACGUCGACAUCGACCUGCGUCUGGACCAAGACUUGCUGCUGAGGCUCAGAGACAAGUUCUGCCGCACUGUCAAGGAGGACAUGAGAGUGGCUCUGGACCGCCUGGUGGCGCUGGAGAACGAGGAGAUGUGGAGCGUCCGGAAGCAUCCCGACACGGACGACGACCACUUGCUCACCUCCAUGUUCCACAUGGACAUCUGCACGAAAGUGAGCGGCAACGUUGUGAACGCCCGAUUAGUGGACGCCGACCUGGAACGAGGCGUGGUGGCUUCCUGCCUGGGAGAGCUGCAGGAUUUCCCCAAGAGGUUCCACGCCGAGUUCCGUCGCCAGCUGUCCUCUCUGCCAGCCGACGAGCCGCUGUGGAGCGAAUUCCAGGUCACCUACAUCAACUGCUUCCAUGCCUUGCAGCGCCACAUUGACGACUCGUACGCAAGCGCCAACCCCCACGGGGUGGAGGCCGUGAGGAAGGAGGUGACGUGGCUCCUGCGCACCCUGCGAGAAGGCCUCGAGCUGCAAUUCAAGGGAGACGUCAAGCUGUACCUGCGUCGGAUGAUGACGAGAAAGUGGCUGACAAACGACGACGACUUCAGCGGCCUGCACGCUCGCGCCGAGCUUCUGGCGCGGCACUGCGAGGCCAUGCGGCCGCCGCACCGCCAGGACGUGGCCGGCGCGGCGCACUACCACGUGCUCAAGGAGUACGUGGGCCAGCUCAUGAAGACCAACUACUCGUGCAAGAAGCGCAAACACCACAAGGCGGCCGGCAAGAUGCGAGCGCAGUGCUCCGAGCUCGCCGACCUCUUCCAUCGCAUGGGCUCGCAGGAAGACUGGCUGGACCCCGUCGGAGAUUACCUGAGCGACAUCGUGGGCCAGAAGAACGAAGGCGACAUCAAAGACCACCUGCAGCCUCUACUGGACCAAUACCCGGACUUCAGCUCGAGGCACCUUACGGCCGUGCUGGCGUUCCGCGGCGUGCUGCGUGGCCGCGAGCAUCAGCGCAUCCUGCGCAGGCUCGACCAGCUGAGGAAGACGAAGAUCACCACGGCAACCGGCAACGACCAUCAUGGCCGCCGCUCGCUCUUCCGCAACAUGGAGGCUCCGCUUCGCGCCGACUGCCUGUCGGACGUCUCCUCCUUCUGCUUCACCUUCGUCUUCCCCGGCGAAUAGCUUCCACGCGGGAAGCGCAAGCCGCUCAUCUGUUGAUGCCCCCCCCCCCAACACACCCCCCAUCAAAAAAUGUUGUUUAAAAAAAAGUUGUACUCGAAUUCAAUUGGCACAAAAAUACUGGAAGAAUUAUGUGGCGCGGCUUUAAAUUUUUUACACCAAAAUUUUCACGAUUUG